AUGCGUUUCGAUGCCGCCGCUCCUGUGCAAAAGGAAAUGCGACGAACACUUGGUCUUGAUCCCCGAAUGAUACGAUAUUCAGUUGUGAAACUCGGCUCUACAUUGAAAGAAGUCAAGGAUGUUCCAGGCCGCAUUGAGUGGAACAACACGAAGAUACAGGAAGAGACAUUUGGAAACGAAUACAGACCCUCACCCUUGACCAGAUAA